AUGACAGUAAUCAUAAGAUGUGUAGAUGUGUCAAAUACUCCAAUAAAAAUAGAAGAGUACUUUUUAGAAUAUAGAAAUGUGGUUGAUACUUCUGGAUUUGGACUUUUUAAUGAAUUGAAAUCUGUGUUAACAUCUCUUUCACUUGAUAUUCAUAAUGUUCGGGGACAAGGGUAUGAUAAUGGCUCUAAUAUGAAAGGAAAAAAUAUAGGUGUUCAAAGAAGAUUGCUUGACAUUAAUCCAAGAGCGUUUUAUAUGCCAUGUGCUUCUCAUUGUCUUAAUUUGAUUCUUUGUGAAAUGGCAAACUCUAGUAUCAAAGCAAAAAGUUUUUUUGGAGCUUGUCAAUGCAUAUAUACUGUGUUUGCUAAUUCCACAAAACGUUGGAAUGUUUUACUUGAUUAUAUUGAUGGGCUAACUUUAAAGUCAUUGUCAACUACACGUUGGGAAAGCCAUAUAGAUAGUGUUAAAGCAAUUUUAUCUCAAGUUUCUAAAAUUAGAGAAGCUUUGCUUAAGUUGGUAGAAGUUAGUGAUGAUGCCAAACUGAGUAGAGAUGCUGAAUCAUUAGCAUUAGGAGAACUUUCAAAUUUUGAAUUUAUACUAAGUUUAGUCAUUUGGCAUGAUGUUUUGCUUCGAAUUAAUGUAGUUAGCAAAAAAUUACAAUCCGAAGAUAUGUGUCUUGAUAUUGCUGUUAAACAAUUGGAAGGACUUAUUUCAUUUUUUGAAAAUUAUAGAAUAAAUGGAUUGAAUUCAGCAAUUAUAGAUGCUAAAAAGAUAGCAAUUGAUAUGGAAAUUGAGCCUAUAUUUGUCAUAAGAAGAAGACUUUGUCGAAAGAGACAUUUUGAUGAAACUUCUAAUAAUGAAAGAGAACAUGCAUCACCAGAAGAAUAUUUUAGAACGGAUUAUUUUCUUGUAAUUGUGGAUAAUGCUCUAUCUCAACUAAGGAGUAGGUUUGAACAGUUGCAAUUGUUUCAAUCUAUUUUUGGAUUUUUAUUCAAUGCAAUAAAAUUAAUUUCAUUAGAUAGUGAAGAAUUAAAGUGUUGUUGUGAGAAUCUUGAAAAUGCUUUAAAAUUUGAUGAUGUUUCUGAUGUUAAUGCUAGAGAUUUACUCUCAGAAUUAGAGGUGAUGCUAUACCAAGGUGUUGAAGAUGACCAAGGUGUUGAAGAUGAAGCUACAAGAAAUUGA